AUGCCACCUGCCAGUGCCCAUCAGUGCCACAUAUCAAUGCCACAUAUCAGUGCCCAUCUGAUCUGCCUUUCAGUGUCACCCAUCAAUGCCAAUCAGUGCCACCUAUCAGUGCUGCCAAUCAGUGCCAGCUAUCAGUGCCAGCUAUCAGCCGCCUAUCAGUGCCAGUCAGUGCCGCCUAACAGUGCAGUCAGUGCCCCUAUCAGUGCCCAUCAGUGAUGCCUGUCAAUGCCCAUCAGUGCCACCUAUCAGUGCCCAUCACUACGGCCUCAUUAGCAUGUAUAAGUGCUGCCAACAUUGCUGCAGAGGUUGAAGGGGUGGGAGGGGGUCAGCCUGUCAGUCCUCAGACCAUACGCCGCACACUGCAUCAAAUUGGUCUGCAUGGCUGUCAUCCCAGAAG